AUGUCUGCCAAACUGCGGGCCAGCAGCUUGCCAUCGCAGGCUGGGCUGAUGCGGCUGCGUGGUGACCUUCGGGGCACAUCUGCGCGCUUCCGGGUGCAGCUCGACAAGCCCAGUCCAGCAACGAUCCACUCUGACCCCAUCUCCCGAAUUGGCAUGGAGGUUAAGCGCCAUGAUUCGAAAGCCAGGCUGGUAGUCAAUGAUGUGGACGAGAAUCCAAGGCAAAGGACCCCAGUGGCACAGUGGAACACUGCGGAAGAACGGCAGGCGGACCGUGGCGAGGAGGAGCAGCACGCCAGCCUGGCAAUCAAGCCAGGUGACCGGAUCAAGGCGGUCAACGAUCUCAAUUCUGCAACGCUGAUGCUCAGCGAGCUGCAGGAAGCAGCAAAGCCAGAGGAACCUCGAUCUGUGAAUCUGGAGGUCGCUCAGUCGUUCAUUCGGAGGUGUUUCACGAGACAUUUCGAACGUGCUUACGCCAUCACCGCCGAAGCCAAAGGUGUCUUCAAGCACCGGGCCCAGUUCACGCCCGUUGUGCAACGUUUGUGCAAGUACGUUGCUGGCCUGGGUCUGCCCGGCUGGACCUCGAGCUGUGCGUUGGUGCUUGGCGUAUCCUGGAGCCGCAGCCGAACACGCCACACCUGCUGCUUCGCAAAGGGCAAGGGCAGCGUCGACGUUAGGAGGCUACUCCAGCAAGCCGGGCUGAUUCCACCAGACUCCAACGAGACAUUGGUGGAGGAUCUGGAGCUUGAGACGCCCAUUGACUUGCUGCAACAAGGCUUCUCGGAACGUCUCAAUCAGAGCAUUGGCGAAAUCGAAGAGAAUUGGCCUAACAAGGAGGCUGUGGUCCCAGAAGAUGAAGUCAUCGAGAUCGAGACACCGCUGCAACAGCUGGACGUGCCUCUCCAAUGGCUAGAGCGCAACUUCGACAUUCGGCCGAAGCAGGAAAAGCUGGUGUCGGAGAAGAAGGCUCUAAAAUUUGAGACGCCUCUCUCAGCCCUGUUUCCUGGUGUAAUGGAGGAAGCUUUCGAGAGCACGGAGACGUGGACGGAUCUUCUGCUCCCCUUGCUUGACGCGGACUCGGUACUAGUCGACUCAAUGGAUGAAGCAAACUACGUGACGGUGACGCUGGACAAGCCGCUGGGAAUGCAAAUCGAAGAGAACCCACAGGAAUUGGGUGGUGGCGUGGCCGUGAAGAGCAUCCAGCCAGGUUCAAACGCUGCCCGUUCUCAGCUGAUUCGGCCUGGAUACCAGUUGCUGGCAGCCUCGGGCAUUGCUGUGCACGGGCUGCAUCUCGAAGAUGCGGCAAGGCCCAUUGAAGCGGCACCGGGUCGUGUGCAGCUGACGUUCUUCAACGGGAGUGCGGAGACUUUCUACGGCUUGCUGGGGCCGGAUCCAGAGUGGCUGUCAGCCUUCUUGAGAAAGCUGCAGGUGGAGCACUAUGCCUGGUCUUUCCAGGAAGGCCUCGCUCCGAAGAAGACCUGGAGCUGGGCGCUGGAGCUCCUGGAGGAGCUGAAAGAGAGCAGCGAGAGCGACUUGGACGUGCAGACCUUGCACAGCGCCUAUGGCGCAGCCAUGGAGGCUUGCCAAAGGGCUUCACAAUGGGAGCCUGCUUUGGAGCUCCUAAGCGAAAUCCGACGGCUCCGUCCAUCAACUCCACCUACAGCCGCGAACUAUCGCUCUGCCAUCAUCGCCUGCGAGCGUGGCGGUGAACAUCUGCCAGCCCUUUGGCUGUUGGAAGAAAUGUUGGAGGCUGGCCUGGAACCAGAUCGAGCUACCUAUAGCAGUGCUGUCGGUGCCUGCCGAGCUAUUCUCAGGACCCUAAGAAGUCAGUCCAGGACGAUGUCACUGUUGCAAUCCUCACGUGCGAAGAAGCAGCAGAGGCCUCAGAGGUACCAGAAAACGCGAAGAAGGGGGGCGAAGAGGCAGCUGCUCUGA